AUUGUCCAUCGUUCUUAUCAGUUCAGUUUUUUCGUUUUCUUUUCGUUCGUUACAAAAAUGGAUUAAAUAGUAGAAUUUAUGUUGUCUGAGCACUCCCAGUAGCAGACCAAAUGCCACCCACAGAGACACUGCGUCCGGGGGAACGCGGCGGAGCCGGAGGAUCGGGGGGCACCGGCCCAGAGCAAACGUACAUCAUCAGGCAGAGCAACAAAUACUAUGAGCAUCGCGAUUCCCAGGCCACGGCCAUGUCGGUGGACUACUCCGGCCAGUGGGUGCUCCUCGCGGGACGCGGUCACCUGGCCCUGCAGCGCCUGGGACAGGACGAUGGUUCCUUGCGCCGACACGAGCGGCAGUCCAAGUAUGAGGUCUCAGUGGCGGAAUUCGCCAUAUGUCCCAGUCGCAAAGAGUACUGCGCCAUAGCGACCAGUCAGCACAUAGACAUUGUGCGCUGGGGCAUUGCGGAGCCCCACUACGAGAUGUCCUUGCGCGGGCACACUCGCACCGUGACCGACAUCGACUGGCACGGCAAGGAUCCCAAUCUGCUGGUCAGCUGCUCCAUAGACACCUUCUCGCACAUCUGGGACUUGAGGGAACCCAGGAAACCAGCCUUGUCCUUGAAUGCCGUCUGCAUGUCCGGUGCCACACAAGUGGGCUUCAAUCGCGUUUCUGGCAACCUCUUGGCUGCCGCCCACGAUGGAGAUCUACGCAUUUGGGACAUUCGCAAGGGCAGCUGCCCCACACACUACAUCACUGCGCAUUUGAAUAGAGUGCACGGCAUCAAUUGGAGCCACAAAAGGGAGACCUGCCUGGCCACCGCCAGUCAGGAUGGAACGGUCAAGUACUUUGAUGUUUGCAAUCCACGCCGGGCGGAGAAGAUCAUCACCACUAUGUCUCCCGUGUGGAGAGCAAGAUACACGCCCAUUGGCAACGGUCUAGUGAGCAUUGUGGUGCCCCACUUGGGUCGCGGCGAGAAUAGCUUGCUACUCUGGAGCAACAGCAAGCAAACGGAUCCCAUUUGCUCCUUUGUGGGUCACACCGAUGUCAUUCUGGACUUUGCCUGGCGUCCCAAUCGCGAGAGUUCCACAGAAAUAGAACUGGUGACCUGGUCCAGGGAUCGCACCCUGAGAGUGUGGAAAAUCGACGACAAUAUGCUGAAACUUUGCGAGCCGUCUGCCGAGGAAGAGGAAUCCCGCUUCGAGCCGGACCUCAGUGAGUUGCGAGUGCCUACUCCACCGGAGUUCCUGCAUCCACGUUCAAUUUUGGUAGCCGCCUCGUUACCCAUUUCCACGGGUGACGGAGCAUGCAACACGCUGCCCAUGGCUCGCUCUCCCAGCUUUGGCGGUGGUUACUAUCGCCGUGAGGAGCCGCACAUCGCCAGGUCUCUAACAGAUCAGCCCACUUGUUCGCUGCACCACGAGUUCUCGCUGCUCAACACGAACAUGCCACACGUGGAGGUGGACACGCUGGAUGCCAUUAAGCGGUACGCCUGCUUCAAGAUUUGUGCCGGCGGUCAUACAGUGAUCCUGCAGGUGACCUUCGCCACCUCGUAUCCAAGUCCCAGUGCGCCGCCAGAUUUUCAGUUUUGCCAAGGCACCACGCUUUCCAGCGAAGUGAGUGGUGUUCUGCUUAAGGUGCUGCGUUGCAAUUCAUUGCAGCGCGUGAAAAAAUCACGCACCUGUUUGGAGCAGUGUCUUCGCGCCCUGGUGGCGGCCAUGAAGAAACGGGUGGCAGCUGUGGGCGGAGCGGAUCGUAGUCAACUGUUGUUGCAAUCGCCUCGGCUGGAAGGAGCUCUGUCCAGCACCCUGCACGAUGCCUGCAUUCCAUAUCCACGUACAUCGGGGGUGCAUUUCAAUGCCGUUGGCAUGCUGACCACCUUCGCCCAGCCGGUGAACAACAAACGGCUAACCCUGCGCCAACACACGGCCCUCACGCCCAGGACUUUCUCGGCCAUAAAUGGCAGUGGAUUGCUGGGCAAUGUUAUGGCCACGGCCCAGCGGGAUGCCAAUGCCUCGUUUUAUCUGCAGGAGCGAAUGAUUUCGGGUAAACCGGGUAAACAGCGUGCUAUCCGGCAGAUGAAUGGAAGUCCGGUGGUUCACGUAUACGACACCAGUAGUAUGCUUCACAUUAGUCGCAGCAUGGCCAGGGAGUUCUCGCUGGAUAAGCACAACAUAGCGGAGACGUGUCGGAGGAAUGGGGAGAUUUGCCGACAGCAUGGACGCUUGGAUUUGGUGCCCGUGUGGCUGUUGGCCGAACUAAUAGCCACACCCCAAGUACCUCAUGAGACGCUCAACGAGCUGGUGUUCUACAAUGAUCCCUUCAAGAAAUCCCUCCUUGAAUCGCUGAUAAUGCAUUAUGCCAGCGCCGGUGACAUACAGACAGCUGUCCUGCUGGCCUGUUUGUUUGACAAGUGUCCAACGGGUGGUGGUGUCAUUAUGGAUAUGGUCAGUCGACUUCCGCCGCAGCUGAACUCACAGAUUUCUCCGUACCACACGGUGCUGCCGCUAGACGUCAAGUCAUCGUUCUCAUCCAUCACUGGCCAGCAAUUGAAGCAACUGCGCAGCAACUCUUGGUCCGACUCCUUGGAUCUGGAGGUGAAGCAGCAGGUCCAGCCGGAUGCAUAUGCUUGUUCGUUGAUCAGGCGCGCCAAGGUGCCACUGUUCGAUCAGUUUAAGCGAUCGUACGCCGAAAUUCUCUUCGGUUGGCAGCUGCUCUCGAAACGGGCCCUAAUCCUCAAGCACACCCAGAACAUGCCACCGCCCGUCCAGGGUGUGGAAUUCGUUACCGAGUGCGGCACGUGUGCCAAGCCCAAGCGGACGCCCAAGUGCGAGCCCUGCAAGCGACCCGUACUCUUUUGUGUCCUCUGCCGUCUGCCCGUGAAGGGAGCAGCCAACGCCUGUCUCGCCUGUGGCCAUGGCGGUCACAUGGAUCACAUGAUGCAGUGGUUCGAGAAACACCAGGUGUGUGCGACCUGUGGGUGCAAGUGCUUGGAGCGCACAUCGGAGCUACUAGCACUGCUGAGCUGAGCUUAAAUUUGGUAAUCUUUCUUUUCAUCGCUGUGGAUAUCAAAAUAGUUAAGUGUUUUUUAGUCAAUAAGCGAAAGAUUUUUGUACGAUUUGCAUAACAAUGAGAAAUAUAUGACCAUUUACUAGCUAA